AUGGACUGUGCCGGUCGGGUCCUGAUCGGAACUUCAAGUCGCUGUCGACUCAGCAUUGAAAGCCUCAAGACACACUUCGGCACGUCUUCCGACUUGACGAUUCUUCCGAACAAGGACGCGUUCUCAUCGUCGUCGUUCUCCUCCAGACCCCUCGCAUUUCCAACCUCAGCAGCAAUAUCGCCCACAGUCCUAAUCGGGGCGAGUCUGAGGACUAUCGCAAUCAAGCUCUCUGAGACUGGAUUUCGCACUUCCCCCAGCCUGCACGAUUGGCGCGUCACGCAAUUAGCGACAAACAAUGGAGGAUCCACCGACUGA